AAUUUCACAACGUUGUUCCAAAUAUGUUCUGGUACAUGGUGAUCUUGUUGUCAAUCUGCGGACAAGUGUUACCUCAACAAAAUAAUGUCUGCAGAACCAUGAAAGAUUAUUACGCAAUGGACAACAAUCCGAAUUGCUGGCACAACGAAAUUGUCGGCGCCUCGGUGCCGGAUAUCAUUACAAAAACCGGGAGACCUUUUGCCGUGUACAAUGUCACAACCAAUGAUGGUUACAUCAUAACGAUCUUCCGAAUGACAAACAAGGAUUCACCUAACAAAAAGAUGAAUUCCGUAUUCCUGCAGCACGGUUUGAUAACGACCAGUGCGAAUUGGGUCUCCUUGGGGAACGAUUCUUUGGCGUUUCAAUUGCACAACAAUGGAUACGACGUGUGGUUGGGUAAUUACAGAGGAACUCAAUAUUCCGAAGAGCACAUCAAUUUCUCUGUAAACGAUGAUGAAUACUGGGAUUACAGCGUCGACGACGUUGCACUUGGGGAUAUCCCUGCAGCCAUCAAGUUCAUCUUCAACGAAACGGGAAAUAAGAUUAUAUACGUUGGUCAUUCUUUGGGAUCCACGUUCGGAUUAAUGUAUGGCUCGGAACAUCCUGAAGAAGUUCGAAAGUACAUCAAACUUAUGGUCCUGACAGCUCCAGCGUAUACUUUAUCAAAUAUCAGGACUUCUUUGGGAUUAGCAGCGCCAUUCGUCGAUACCAUUUAUACUGCCAGCAAAUAUUAUGGAUUUAUUAAAAUAGCAUCGUUUGGACAAACAACCAAAGAUAUUGCUAAAAUUAUAUGUAUGGAUUCACCAAAAACGAUGAAUAGUUGUUUCACUUUCAUUUCUCUGAUCUAUGGACCUAAAAAUGGAAUUAAACCAGAAAUGUAUCCAGCCUACUUCGACCAACAUCCUAGUGGAACAUCUUUGAAAUUAAUCAAACACGUCGCCAGUUUUGUGGGUAACUCCUUUAGGAAAUUCGACUAUGGUGUACGAAAUAUAGGGAUUUACAAUAGCUUUCUACCACCUACAUAUGAUAUUUCGAAAAUAGUUGUUCCAACUGCAGUUAUUUAUGCUAGGAAUGAUUGGUUAACAACGAAAUAUGAUUCUAUUAAUUUAUAUAAAUCCCUGUCACGAAAGGCGCGUUUUGCCAUCCACGAAAUCCCUGAAGAGAACUUCAAUCACAUUGAUUUCAUGUUUGGAACUAAAGCCAAAGAUUUAUACAUAGACUAUCUGCUUGACAUGUUCAAUAACAAUAGUCCUAGCACUGAAUAGCACUGAUUAGUA